AUGCCUUCCGAAAUCCUCACCCGAGCUGAGGUUGCCAAACACAACACCGAAGACUCCCUUUGGUGCAUCAUCGACCACCGAGUAUAUGAUCUGACCGAUUUCCUUGACGCUCACCCAGGUGGGUCCGUGGUCCUGAACCAGGUGGCCGGACAAGACGCCACAGCCGAUUUCUACAACCUUCACCGACAGGAGGUUCUAGAGAAAUAUCGAGACCAGCUGUGCAUUGGAACGAUCGAGGGUGAGAAACCUGAAGUUAUUGAGCCUAAGAUUGGAGCUUUGAGUCCUGUGCCAUAUGCGGAACCACUUUGGUUGCGCCCCGAGUUUAAGAGUCCGUAUUUCAAGGAUAGUCACCGUCGAUUGCAGCAGGCUCUGCGCGAUUUCACGGAUAAAUAUGCUACACCUGAAGCCCAACAGAAGGAGAGCGAUGGUACCUAUAUCAGUCAGGAGUUGAUUGAUCGUAUGGCUGAAACUAAUAUUUUGGCUAUGCGUCUUGGUCCUGGAAAGCAUCUUCAUGGUCGGAAACUCAUGGGUGGAGUUGUUGAUGGAAAGGAUUUUGAUUAUUUCCAUGACAUGAUUGUCGCUCAGGAGGGCGUGCGCUCUAAUGCCCGAGGCUUUCAGGAUGGCAAUAUGGCUGGUAUGACUAUUAGUCUUACAGCCGUGCAGCAGUGGCUCCGAGAUCCUGUACUCAAAGAGCGAGUUACCGAAGAAGUCCUCUCCGGCAAGAAGAAGAUGUGUCUUGCUAUCACUGAGGCUUUUGCCGGUAGUGAUGUUGCGGGUCUGAAGACGACCGCCGAGAAGACGCCAGAUGGAAAGCACUACAUUAUUAAUGGAACCAAGAAGUGGAUUACCAACGGCAUGUUCGCAGACUAUUUCGUGACCGGAUGCAAGACAGAGAAGGGAUUCACAGUCCUCUUGAUCCCUCGUGACGACGGUGUUGAGACCAAGCAGAUUAAGACCUCAUACUCCACUGCAGCCGGUACUGCCUUCGUUCAGUUUGAGAAUGUCAAAGUCCCAGUGACCAACAUUCUUGGACAAGAACACAAAGGAUUCGCUGUGAUUAUGUCAAACUUCAACCACGAACGGUUCUACAUGUCAUGUGCUGUGAUCCGCUUUUCAAGAACGGUUGUAGAGGAGUGUCUCAAGUGGUGCAACCAACGUAUCGUAUUCGGAAAGAAAUUAAUCGAGCAACCUGUCAUGCGUCAAAAGCUUGCACACAUGAUCUCACUCGUCGAAUCACACCAGUCAUGGCUCGAGACCAUUGCCUACCAAAUGUGUAAUCUGAGCUAUGCCGAGCAGGCAAAGCACCUGGCUGGACCAAUCGGCCUGCUCAAGUCGAGCGCAACAAGAGCUGCCCAUGACAUCGCAGAUCACUCUGUCAAUAUCUUUGGUGGACGUGGUCUGACACAAUCAGGCAUGGGUAAGGUCGUGGAAGGUUUCCACCGUGGAUACAAGUUCGAUGCUAUUCUGGGUGGAACGGAGGAGAUCCUUGCUGAUUUGGGAGUUCGUCAAGCGGUAAAGAACUUCCCUAAGGCUAUGCUGUAG